AUGCAGCCGCCCUGGGGCCUGGCGCUCCCUCUGCUGCUCCCCUGGGUGGCAGGUGGAGUAGGGACCAGUCCAAGGGAUUAUGGGUUGCCAGCACUGGCACACCAGCCUGGGGUCUGUCACUACGGAACUAAGAUGGCCUGCUGCUACGGCUGGAAAAGGAAUGGCAAGGGAGUAUGUGAAGCUGUGUGUGAGCCCAGAUGCAAGUUCGGUGAGUGUGUGGGACCGAAUAAAUGUAGAUGUUUUCCAGGAUACACCGGGAAGACCUGCAGUCAAGAUGUGAAUGAGUGUGGAGUCAAACCCCGGCCAUGCCAGCACAGAUGUGUGAAUACACACGGUAGCUACAAAUGCUUUUGCCUCAGCGGCCAUAUGCUUCUACCAGAUUCGACAUGUUCAAACUCCAGGACGUGUGCCAGAAUGAACUGCCAGUACAGCUGUGAAGACACCGAGGAAGGGCCACGGUGUGUGUGUCCAUCCUCUGGCCUCCGCCUGGGCCCAAAUGGAAGAGUGUGCCUAGAUAUUGAUGAAUGCGCUUCUAGCAAAGCAGUCUGCCCUUCCAACCGAAGAUGCGUGAACACAUUUGGAAGCUACUACUGCAAAUGUCACAUUGGUUUUGAACUGAAAUAUAUCAGUCGACGAUAUGAUUGUGUAGAUAUAAAUGAGUGUGCUCUGAAUACACAUACGUGCAGCCCCCAUGCCAAUUGCCUCAAUACCCAAGGAUCCUUCAAGUGCAAAUGCAAGCAGGGAUUUAGGGGCAAUGGACUGCAGUGUUCUGUGAUCCCUGAACACUCUGUGAAGGAAAUACUCACAGCACCUGGGACCAUCAAAGACAGAAUCAAGAAGUUACUGGCUCACAAGCGCACCAUGAAGAAAAAGGUGAAGCUUAAAACCAUCACCCCAAGACCCACCAGUACACGCACCCCUAAGGUCAACUUGCCUUACAGCUCUGAGGAGGGCGUUUCCAGGGGCAGAAACUCUGAUGGAGAACAAAAAAGAGAGGAAGAGAGAAAGAGCGAGAGGCUUGGAGAAGAGAAAGGAGAGAAAACCCUGAAGAAUGAUGUGGAACAGGAGCGAACCCUCCGAGGGGACGUGUUCUCCCCUAAGGUAAAUGAAGCAGAGGAUUUGGAUCUGGUCUACAUCCAAAGAAAAGAGCUAAAUUCCAAACUGGAGCACAAAGCAGAUUUAAACAUCUCCGUUGACUGCAGCUUUGAUCUUGGGGUCUGUGAUUGGAAACAGGAUAGAGAAGAUGAUUUUGACUGGAAUCCUGCUGAUCGAGACAAUGAUGUUGGUUACUAUAUGGCAGUCCCUGCACUGGCAGGGCACAAGAAGAAUAUUGGCCGAUUGAAACUUCUCCUUCCCAACUUGACACCCCAAAGCCACUUCUGUUUGCUCUUUGAUUACCGGCUGGCUGGAGACAAAGUAGGAAAACUUCGAGUGUUCGUGAAAAAUAGCAACAAUGCCCUGGCAUGGGAAGAGACUAAAAAUGAGGACGGAAGGUGGAAGACAGGAAAAAUCCAGUUGUACCAAGGGAUCGAUACUACCAAAAGUGUCAUUUUUGAAGCAGAGCGUGGCAAAGGCAAAACUGGAGAAAUUGCAGUGGAUGGCGUCUUACUGGUGUCAGGCUUGUGUCCAGAUGACUUUUUAUCUGUAGAGGGUUGAAUGUCACUGUCUUCCUUUAUAGCUUCAUAUGAGGCAUUUUAAAUGUCAUUUCUCUGGGGUAUCUUUUUAUAUCAUAUCCUAGGACUCUUCCAUUUUAUAAAUACAAGCUGCCGUGUAUAAUGUUCCAACAGAAAUAUUAUCAUAAGAUGCCUUCUUUGUAUCAAAUGUACUAAGACUUGCCGUAUAUAUACUACCACUGUGCCUUCUUAUUUGUUUCUGAAUUUUCCAUAUUAUAUCACAGAAUGUGGAAAUGCCAGCCAGCCCAUCUCCCCCUGCCCAGUAUGUCUGCUCUUCCUACAUAAGUUGGUGAACUUUCCUAUGUACCACUUCUAGAAUAACAGCAGCAGAAAAUGAUAAGUAUGGAUAAAUGGUUAACUGUUGGCCCAGUGGUUAAGUGCUCAUUUCUCCAGAGGGCUCAGAAUCAAUUUCCAGCAUCCACAUGGUGGCUUACAACCAUCUAUAACUUCAGUUCCAGAGAAUCCAAUGCCCUUUUGGCUUCUAUGGACACUUCAUGUGUGUGGUAUACAUGCAUAUACUCCAUACACACACACACGCACACAAAUGAAAUAAAUCAUUUUUUAAAUUGUUUAACUUUUAAGAUACUUCUUGGAAACAGUGAUAUUAAACAUAGAUUUGUGCCUAUGUGGCUCAGCCUGCUCUUUCAUAGUCAAACUUGCACAUUUAAUUUUUUUAUAAUCAUAUCCAAUAAACCACCUUGUGUCAUAGUAAGAUAAAAGGA